CUAGUUCUAAUUUAUCGCAAGAGGGCGUGCUUCAACGGUCCCGGAAGUAAAGAGUUCGUAUUUUGUUGUCCUUGAUUCGUGCACAAGCAGUGCACCUCAUUCAAUGAAACCUUGCACCAAAUGCCUGGAUCUUGCUGUGCCGUGUUCGGAUGUUGCCACCGCGGAGGGCACACAUUUCCCAAGGACAAAAAAAUACGAAACCAGUGGAGACGGGCCAUCAAAAGGGAUAGUUUCAAACCCAUACGACCGUGGUGGCCAACGGCUAGCAGUCUUGUGUGCAAGGCGCACUUUUUGGACUCCGAUUACGAAGAGAAGUCAGUGCUGGGUUUCAAAGUGAACAAGAAAAAACUAAAGAAAACAGCUGUCCCAAGCCAGUUUGCAUGGAGUAAAGUAGAACCCUCUUCACCAGCACUGUCAAGAGAAAAACGACUGAAGGAACGGAAUGAAAAGAGAAGGCUUGAGAAAGAAGAAGUGAAACAGGAUGAAUGCAGAAAAGGGGAAUCAGCUGAGAAUGAUGCCGUCGUGCAAGAUCUUAAUCUUGCCAUGCAGGUUGACAUCGAAAGUGUUCCUGUCAUUCAGGAGGUACACAUUCAAACUGAUCCCCUGCCCAACUAUUCUACGUGCACUUCCGAAACACAGACAGAGUUUAAUCCUUCUCCAUUAGGUAAGAGGGUGCCAUCAGCAGGACCAGCCUCAAAGGUGAAGAGGAGAUACAGUCGGGGCUACCGAAAGUCACAGGAACACCUAGAGGCUGUUAGAAGAGCAGUGGAAGAAGCUCUUCAAGAUACAAGUUACAUCAAGAGAACUGCAGCGAAGUAUAACCUAGAGUACCACUUUUUGUACAGGAGAGUUCUAGGAACCGUUGAGGUAGAAAGUAGAAAUGGCCCGGACCCUGUCCAUAGUGCAGACGAAGAAAAAAACAUUGCCCAUUUCAUUUCUGAAAUGGCCCUCAGAGGUAUGGGGUUAGGCCCUUCAAAUGUCAUGGACCUUGUCCAAAAUUUCCUCCAACAGGAAAAGAGGAAAACAGUAUUUCACAACAACCGACCAGGGUAUACAUGGUAUUAUGCUUUCAGUGCUAGACAUGGCCUUGCACUUCGAAAGGGAUCUUCCUUGGAAGCCAGCAGGGCAAAGGUCACUCCAGCCAAACUAGACGAGUGGUUUAGUAAAUACAAAAGAUUCAUGUCUUACAGGAAUCUUCUGGACCAACCCCAUCGAAUAUGGAAUGCUGAUGAGACUGGUUUCACCAUGGGCAGCAAGACCACUAAAGUCAUGGCACCAGAGAUGUCAAGUCAUCCAAUUCCCCAGCUGUCAGGUGGUUCCCUGAAGAACAGAUUUACAGUGAUGUACUGUGCCAAUGCAGAGGGUGCGAUGAUUCCGCCAUUCAUCAUCUUUCCAAACAAAAAACCCACAGGAUAUGAUCCACUUGUUGGAGCCACAAUAGGUGCUCAUGCUGAAUAUACCGACAAGGGAUGGAUGGACGCCUCUACAUUUUCAAUGUUUUGA